AUGUCAGCUGCUCCACGCUACCAGCAAUCACCAGCGGCCCCAGCCUCGUCCUCGUCAUCAUCCUCGUCAUCGGCGUACCCGCCUUACUCGCGUCCGACUCUCGGCGCUCCACGACAGAAUGGACCUCAUCGCUCGUCAUGGCCUCCCUUUCUUCCGCCAAUCGACGUAGCCGGACCAUCCAGCAAGCAGCAGCAGCCACAGCAGCAAGGCUAUCCAGGCCAGCCUCAGAGCUAUCCUCACCACCAUCAGUAUGGAGGGCACCACCCGCAUUCACUCUCCGUGUCCACGUCCCACUCUGCUACGAGCCCCGUCUCGCCAAGCAGCCACUCGGAUCCCUCUCCCGUAGAGGACAGCCGACAGGGAGGACAAGAUCAAAAGAGUAGUGACGGUAGUGGUAGUGCUUUCGGUCAGACAGUCGGCGAGACGGGCAUGGUAGCCUCCCUCACUGGUACCGGUCGCAAGCGAAAGCGUCUACAAAGGGCCUGUGUACCCUGCCACAAAGCCAAGCGACGCUGCGACGGCGGUCUGCCCUGCAGCAACUGCGACUUCAGCGGACGAGGUUGCUCCUACUCUGACAGUCACGGCAAUGCCGUCCAGCCCACGGCACGAGCCAAGCCUCCCGCGAGCAAAGACGAGUCGGCCCACUCCUCGACUGGUAUCAAUGACUACCGCCAGAGCUCAGCCGCAGCGCAUACUGCGGGCCCGGCUUCCAACCUCAGCUCCGCGUCCACCGAGAACUUCGACGCCUUUCGCACCUUGAACGGCAUCGCCCCUUUUAACGCCUUGAUUCCGCUCGCAUACACGCAUGGAACGACCCAGCCCAGCGUCUUCAUCACACACUGCGCAAACGCCAUGGUCUCGCCGCACAACCACGCCGCCGUGGCAGCCGCCCGCCGUCUCAUGCUCGACGAGGAUCAAGCCGCCUUUUCCAUCCUGGACCGCCCCUCAGCAGACAGCGUCCUCGCCCUGGUCCUUCUCGCCCUCUGUGAGGCCCGCAGCGGCAAGUUGACUCGCGCCGUGGCCCACACGGCAGUCAUGUGCCGCAUGAUGCAGCAGCUCAACCUGCCAGACGUCUCCGUGUCCACCGAGCCUUUCCAUGCCGGCGAGCUCUGCCGCUUGGUAGCUGUGGCUUACACGGUGGACAUCGUUCUAUCGUCACUGGCCGGGCAGAGCUUUGCCGUCUCCCACACGGACUUGGAAGUUGCCGCAAUGCGCAUUUCGCAGAUCGGCACGCAGGAUCCGGAUACUGCCCCCUACGCGGCCCUGCUUCGCUCGAGCAUCGUUUUCGCGCAGGCGGUCGAGCAUCAGCGCAAGCUGGCACACAGAAUUGGUACCAACAACACGGGUAGCACCAGCUCUUUCGCCGACUCACAUGGGAGUGCCGCGUGCCACCACGCUCUCAGCGCCUGGGCGGACAGCUUGCCUUCCCACCUUGCAUUUGAGGACGGGAAUCUCUCCCGCGCGUCUCGUGCGGCUCGCAGCAGCGGAGGUGUAGGAUCAAUUUCAGCCGUGGGCCGCGACGGAGCUUCGUCAUGGGCGUGGGCGUGGUCGCUCAUGCACUGCUUCGCCGAGAUGGCUGUAUGCGUCCUCGAUGGGGGAGGGAGGCAGAGCGCAACAGCUGCGAGCAACCUCUCUGUCCUAUGCCUCGAUACGGUCAAUCUGGAGUCUCAGCCGAGCGCCAUUCUGGCACUCUUGCCCCUCACGUUCGCGCAUGCCAUCGUGGCUAAGAGCGGGGCAGGAGGAGCCACAGCAGGCUCGUCCAGCGCGAGUACGACAGCUGCGGCCGUUGGGCCGGUCUUCACAUCGCUGCAGAAGACGUUCGACUUCGAAGAGUGGCAGCUGCGUCGAACCAGGGCUUUCCUUGGUAUCUCAGCUCCGAGCCACAGCGUCUCUACUCCAGGACUCAACGCGGGCCACUCGAGCGUCACCUCCUCUUACGCCACCAACAGCAACAGUAAUGCCUAUGCUUCUCCGGCGCACCACUAUCCGCACUACUCGUCUCGCUCCCCAUCGAUGGGAUACACCAAUAGUAGCCUGUCGAACGGACACGGGCACGGGCACGGGCAUAGCCUCGCCCCGCCGCCUCCUCCAGGUGGACCGCUAAGCUCAAGCGCAUCCCUCUCCUCGCUCCCGUCUCUCCGUGCCCGUGGCAUUAGUGACCCGAGGCCACGCCCUCCGUCCGUGUCACCACCGCAUCGCAGCAGCCAGCUCCUCGCACCGCUCAGCGAGGAUGGCAGCGCCAGCAACGGAUCGAAGGUGAGCGGUGCGCCCGUCUCGCCCUACAACGGUACCAGGCCCUCACUGGCGCCCAUGGCGUCGCCAGGAAGCAACGGUGGAGCUGGAACGGGGACAGGUCCUACUUCGCCUCACUCUUUUGCUGCGGCUAGACGUCUCCCUGGGUUGGCUAGUAGCGCGAACGGGAAUGGGACGAGGUUGCCCUCAAUCAACGGUGUGGGGAGCGCAAAGGGCGACGAGUAG